AUGGAGAAAGCGGAGGAGGAUGUAAGACUCUCAUCUAUACUACCUCCUAUGUGUUUGCUGUCAUCACUAGAGUUUGUAAAGCUAAAGCGUUUCAACGGAGGGACUGUUAAUAUGGAAAUAGCUAGGUACUUUGUGGAAAACUCACAAGUCCUCAAGAAACUUGUUUUGGAUUUUAGAUGUUCAGUGUUUGAACAAGGGUUUUACAUGUUGAGGGAUCUCCUUGCAUUGCCCAGGAGAUCUAGCUCGUGUCAAAUCCUAAUGAGAAUGAUCGGCUAA